AUGCAUUAUUAUGCCUCCAAGAAAAGGAGCAUUAUAUCUAUAAUAAUAUCGUUAAUUUUAUACGUUGUAAUAUUUAAAACAUUAGCCAAUUUACCGGAAAUAAAUGACAAAAAUAAUAGCAAUGAAAUAAUACUUCCAUCAACAUAUAAUCCACCACUAAAUUUAAAGAAACUCGAUUCAUCCCACUCGUCAUUGGACAUGAAUAAUUUACGCUCCCAGUUGGUGGCCAAUUUCCCAUAUAAUCCAAGGGUACCUAUUCCAAAACAUAUUUGGCAGACUUGGAAGGUAGGCUUGAGCUCUCCAGAGUUUCCUAACCAUAUGAGAGGAUAUGUUUCUAAAUGGGAAGAAAAAGUUAUUCCCAAAGAUUCUAAAACUGGUGAAUUUACCACCAUUGAAAAAGAUUUUGCUGAACCAAGCGAAAUUGAUAAACAAUGGGUACAUUCGCUUUUGAGUGAUGGGGAAAUAGACAUUUUAUUGGAACAACUAUUUGGUUCUACUGCUCCGGCCAUCAUAAAGGCAUAUAAGCUAAUGCCUACUAAUAUUUUAAAAGCUGAUUUUUUCAGAUACUUAAUACUGUAUGCUAGAGGAGGGAUUUAUUCUGAUGUAGAUACCAUACCAUUAAAAAACUUGGAGGAUUGGCCCGGAAAUAAUUUGCAGUUUUUGGAAAAGUUUAAUGUAUUAGAUAAUAAAGAAGAUCAAAAUAUUGACGGCGGAAAUAAAAACGUAAAUGCAAACACCAUAAGGUAUAAAAAUAAAAAAGAAACACAAAGCAGCGGCAACUCUGAUGGCAAGCUCAUUACGCCCGGACUAGUUAUAGGAAUUGAAGCUGAUCCAGAUAGAGAAGAUUGGAACGAAUUUUACGCCAGGAGGAUCCAAUUUUGUCAAUGGACAAUUCAAGCCAAACCAGGCCAUCCAGCUUUGAGAGAAUUGAUCUUAAAUAUUACAGCAACUACGAUUAACAGUGUGGAAAAUAGUAUCGAUUUCAAGAACGAAUAUUCUUUUAAGGGGGAAAAUAUGCAGGACUUCAAAAUCAACCGCCGAGGCAGAAAAGAACGUGACUUGGAGAACCUUAACGAUGAUUUCAAAAAUAGUGGGGACGAUGUCGACGGUACUGAUAUUAUGAAUUGGACUGGCCCAGGUGUUUUUUCAGACGCGAUUUUCCAAUAUUUAAAUAAUUUAUUAGAAUAUAACUCUAAUAUCGAAAUCUAUAAUACGAAUUUACAACCCACCACGACAGCGGCAGCAGAACAUGAUGACGACGAAGACAAAAUAUUGAAGACUACAAGGAAAUUUUAUAAAGAGAUUUCCAACGGCUUGAUGGGCGAAAAUAGAUUUCACUGGGGGUUUUUUUCAUUAUUAAAAAAUCCGAUUUUAAUUGACGAUAUAUUGAUUUUACCUAUAACUUCCUUUUCACCAGGGGUUGGCCAUAUGGGAUCCAAGGGUCCUCAGGAUAAAAUUGCAUUUGUCACUCAUUUGUUUGGGGGUACUUGGAAAAACGAUUGA